UCAGAGUUUGUAGUUCAGUUACAGGCAGCAUUCGGCGAAAGUGUUUUUCCAUCCAUUCCCAUUAAACAAUUUAAUAUAAUUUUCCCCACAAAUACACAUCCAUUGCGUUCCGCUCGUUUGUGUGUGUCUGUGUCUGCGUGUGUGCGAAGCGAAAAAAAGAAGCGCUCGUGUCCAAUACCAAUGGCGCGGCUCUGAAUGCCAGCCACUAUCAGUACUACCGUGUGGAGGAACCGCAGGGAACACAAGCUGACACUGCCGCUGAUCUGCCUCUUGGUAUAGUGCUGCUACACGACCAGGACAUGGUGAGGGGCAAGGCCAUAACCAGGGCGGCCAAUCUGACCGCCAUCCGAUGGGCUCAUGCGGUCAACAGCCAGCAGUUGCUCGACGAGGCCUUGGCUGGUGACAUUGAGUUCAUUGAGGCGGACAUUGUGCUGGGCAAGGUGAAUGGCGAGGGCGACGAUAUGCCCGUGAUGGCUCAUCCACCGGCGAAUGUCUCCGACUUGACGCUGCAGGGAUUCCUGAAUCAGAUCAAAGACUUUAACGACCUGCAUGAGGGCAACGAGAAGGGUGUCAAGCUGGAUUUCAAGUCCAUAGAGGUGUUCGAGGGUUCGCUGGACAUACUGGAUGCGACCAUACCAAGUAUGUCGUAUCCCAUUUGGAUCAAUGCAGACAUUAUCAGUGGCCCCGUGGACCAGAACAAGAGUGUGCCCGUGAAUCCGGAUCGCUUCUUUGCCGGCUGCAUGCGCUACAAGCAGGCAGUCCUCUCCAUCGGCUGGACCACCAACUGGGGCGCCGACUUCCGCGAGGGCGAAUACACCAAAGAUCAGUGCGACGCCAUGGUCGAGUCGCUCAGCCUCAACAAUGUGCUGUCCACGGGCCAGGGCAUCACUUUUCCGGUCCGCGCGGGCAUUGCGGCCAACAGCGAGGAGCAACUCCACAAACUGGUGGCCGCUGUCAACGAGACCAAUGAGAGCACACUGACCAUUUGGUCCUCCGACGGUGACUACGUGGAUGUGGCCAAGCUGCGCAAGCUGAUAUUCGGCUUUGGCGUGGAGCGCGUCUACUUGGAUGUGCCCGACGAGCUGGCCGCACGACUGGAUCUGGGCAAUGCGGGCAACGGAGCGGGCACCUUCAAUUCUCUGGUUAGCUUCAGCUUCAUCAGCCUCUGCUUUUAUGCCUUUGCCACUUGGUUGCAGCGUGGCUAACAAGUCUGGUGUAGUAUUUGUACGAUUAUACGUGUAGUUUAAAUAUAGAUUAGUAGAUUUGUCACAAGGAAUUAAUAAUAAAAUGUGUCCAUUACAUGAAAAAACACAAAG